AUGCGUGUAUUCGUAUUCAGAAAACUUCUUAUAUUUCUACAUGUAUCACAUUUCUUGUUAGAUUUUUCGAUCGCCUCUAACUCCUCUGCAAGGUUGAUGUCGGACCUUUUGACCGCGUAUCCGAAGUUUAUUCGACCAGUAGAAAAUGACACUACAAUCACCAUUGUCAAACACAGAAUGACGCCGGUGCAGAUGAUCGAAGUGAUUUGGACAGAUGACUAUCUUCGUUGGGACCCAUCACUGUAUGGCAAUACAACAGAAAUCAGAGUUCCAAUACAUCUCAUAUGGCAGCCAGACAUCACAUUAGUGGAAAGUGUAAGUCGUACAUUUCAACGCCAUUUUGACACUGACGUCAUCGUGAACUUCGAAGGUCGGGUCACUGCGUUACAGCCUUACGUCAUGGACGCCACGUGCAAAAUCGACUCCCUCUACUUUCCCUUCGACGAACAGGUAUGUUCCUUGACAUUCAACUCCUGGAUCAAUCCGAUCAGUCUGAUAGACCUUGAACCUGACCCAGCUAGCAACACGGACAAUUUUGUGAGCAACGGCGAAUGGGAGCUUGUCGCCAUGGAAAUACUCAAGCGUUAUGCAGAUCAGGUCUACUACGUCAACGAACCGUUCGCCGAAGUAAAGUAUCGGAUUCACCUGAAAAGGCGCUCUUUGUUCUAUAUCCUCAACAUCAUGUUUCCGUUUUUCCUGACAUGCGCACUAGUCGCGGUCUCGUUCUACCUGCCGUCAGAGUCUGGUGAGCGGAUUACUCUGUGUGUCACUAGCAUACUUGCACAGUUUGUAUUUUUGGAGAUAAUAACGCAGCAUAUGCCGCCGAAUUCAGAGAACGUUGCAUUAUUACAAAAGUAUUUCUUUGCUUCAAUCAGCGGUGUUGCAGUGUCAGCUCUUGUUACCGCGUGGACCCUCAACAUGCAUUUCCAAUCAUGUGAAUGUAAGCCCGUACCAAAUUGGUUGAAGAAAGUGGCGUUCUAUUACUUUGCGCCAAUCAUCUGCCUUGAUAUGCACCACAGACGGAGAAAGGGGAAACAAAUACAACAUAUGUCUUCUUCUAAGAGGCUUAGUAAGAAAUUAGCUAGUAGCCCCACGGCUCCUGUGAGUUGUAAAAAUUGUAAUCACGCCAACAAUUCGACUGAGUUGUGCUUCCAAUACGACGAGGUACAUGCAACAGACGUACAGGAGGAAAAUAGCACCGACGAUAGAGUGCAGUAUACGAAGUCACGACAUCAACACAACGAUAACAUUAUGAGAGAGUGGCAGGAAGUGGCUAAAAUCAUGGAUAGAAUGUAUUUUCUUAUUUAUAUGUGCGCGGUUAUUGGCAUGGUAGUCGGAUUCACGAUGGCAUUAUCUUGGCAUGCUAGGAACCAAAAUCAUGAUGAAUGA